CGCAGCAGUAGCAGUAUGGCUUGCACCAAGCAGACAGCCCGUAAGUCCACCGGAGGAAAGGCUCCCCGGAAGCAGCUGGCGACCCAAGCUGCACCCGAGGCCCGUCACAGUUACCGACUGGGCACCGUAGCUCUUAGGGAAAUCCGCCGUUACCAGAAGUCUACGGAGCUGCUUAUCCGAAAUCUGCCUUUCCUGCGGCUGGUCCGUGAGAUUGCUCAAGACUUCAAAACCGAUCUACGUUUCCAGAGUUCUGCUGUUAUGGCCCUCCAGGAAGCCAGCGAGGCAUACCUGGUGGGGCUUUUCGAAGACACCAACUUGUGCGCUAUUCACGCUAAGCGGGUUACUAUUAUGCCAAAAGACAUUCAGCUGGCUCGCAGGAUCAGAGGUGAACGUGCUUAAGUAAACGUGGUGUUGGCGAACGCUGUUUCCUCCUCACCCUCCCACAAA